AUGCCCAAAGCAAAGGUGAGCAGCUCAGCGAAAAUAUGGAUCUUCUGGGAGAAUGAUUGGGAAGAACAAGAUUAUAAUGAUACUGGUCAACAACUCACAGUCAAUUUUAAAAAAAGGGGAACCAACGAUAUUUUCAGUGUUACAACAGUCUAUGCAAGGUGCAGUGCAUUAGAAAAAUUGGAAUUGUGGGAAUCACUAGAGGAUAUAGCAGGCAGCAUGCAGAAACCAUGGUUGGUUGGGGGAGAUUUCAACACAAUUAGAAAUGAUUCAGAAAAAUUGGGCGGAUUACCAGUAACUCAUAUGAAAACCAUAGACUUCAACCAAUGUAUCAGCUCAUGUGCUCUAAAUGAACUUAGUUUCAAGGGAAAUUCAUAUACUUGGUGGAAUGGAAGAGUAGAGACAGAAUGCAUUUCUGAGAGACUAGACAGGGUAUUUGGGAAUGAGGAGUUCAUGAGUCUACUACCUAACAGUGAAGUUCAACAUUUGAUUAGACAAAGAUCAGAUCAUGCACCACUACAUGAGGGAGAAAUUACUGGCAAUCCUUUUACAGUGGUCCAUAGUAAGAUGAAAAGAGUAAAAAUGGAGUUAGCUAAAUGGAGUAAGAAAACAUUUGGGAAUGUUUUUCAGCAAAUAGCUACUUUAGAAGAUGUGAUCAAAACGAAGGAGAUUCAAUUGGAGAUGGCACCUACAAAGAGCAACAGGGUAGAACUUCACAAGGCAGAGGCAGACAUUAAAAGAUAUAAGCACAUAGAAGAAGAAUAUUGGAAACAAAAAGCAGAAAUGCAAUGGUUCAAGGAUGGGGAUAGAAAUACAAAGUUCUUUCAUGCUUAUGUCAAAGGAAGAAGAAGAAAUCUGCAAAUAAAUGCAAUUCUGACAAGGGAAGGAGACAUUAUUACAACAACUCAAAAUAUUAGGGAAGAAGCUGUCAAUGUUUACAAGAAACAGUUCAUGGAGGAUCAAGAGGUCAGUUAUUACAAUAUGCUAACAUAUAUUCCUUCUAUUAUUAUAGAGGAGCAAAAUGAAAUUAUGGUGAGAAUACCCACUAAUGAAGAAGUCAAAAAAGUGGUAUUUGCUCUGAAUGAAGAUAGUGCUAGUGGUCCAGAUGGUUUCUCAGGUUUUGUCAAAGGGAGAAACAUUACUGAGAAUGUACUGUUGGCACAAGAGAUAAUUACAGACAUCAAAAGAAGAAACAAUUAUCAUAAUGUUGUGGUGAAGCUGGAUAUGGCCAAGGCCUAUGACAGGGUUUCAUGGAAAUUUUUGUCUUUUGGUUUCUUUCAAUCUACUAGAGGACUAAAGCAGGGAGGCCCCUUAUCACCUAUACUUUUCAUUAUUGCAACAGAGGUUUUGUCAAGGGGUUUCAAAAGUCUGUUUGAAGAUCCUGAUUAUAUAGGAUAUGGGAUGCCUAAAUGGAGCCCAACAAAAGUUACAAACAAAAUGAACACUUGGCAAAAUAAGCUCAUGUCUUUUGGAGGAAGGUAUAUUCUAAUUGCUCAUGUUUUACAAUCAAUACCAGUCUAUUGGCUAGCUACUAUGAACCCUCCUAAAAGCAUAAUAGACCAGUUGAAUAAGUUAUUUGCAAAGUUCUUUUGGAGUAUUUCAAUAGGAGCUAGGAAUAAGCAUUGGGUGGCAUGGGAUAAGAUGUGUUAUCCAAAAGUGGAGGGAGGACUAGGCGUCAGGUCAUUACAUGAUGUCUCAAAAGCUUUGUUUGCAAAGCUUUGGUGGAACUUCAGAACUGAUACAUCAUCUUUAUGGGCAUCAUUCAUGUGGAACAAGUAUUGUAAGAAAAUGCAUGCCACAGUGACUAGAGGACAAGAUGCUUCUCAUGUUUUGAGAAAAAUGAUCACAAUCAGAGAAGAGGUAGAACAUAACAUCUGGUGGCAAAUAAAAGCAGGCAACUCAAGCUUUUGGUUUGAUAAUUGGACUAAACAAGGAGCACUAUGGUAUGUGGAGGAGAACAAUGCAGUGGAAGAGGAAAUAGAGGUCAAAUAUUUCAUUCUUCAAGGGGUUUGGGAUAGGGAGAAACUUCUUAAUAAGAUAUCAGAAGAGAUGACUGAUUACAUAAUGGAGUCCAUUAAGCCUCCAUUGGAGGAAUAUAUCAAUGAUGUAGCAUGGUGGAUGGGGAGUACUCAAGGCAUUUUCACAGAUAAAUCAGCUUGGGAACUAAUGAGACAUAAACAGGAAAGAAGGGCUGAUUAUCAACUGAUAUGGACUAAAGAUGUGCCUUUUAAGAUGAAUAUUUUCUUAUGGAGACUCUGGAAAAGAAGAAUUGCAACUGAUGACAAUCUGAAGAGGAUGAAAAUUCAGAUAGUGUCUAGAUGUUGGUGUUGUUCUGAAACAGAAGAAGAGACAAUGACACAUGAUUUUCUAACAGCCCCAUAG